CAUAUAACUGGCGACGAGGAUAAAAAUUAUGUCUUUCUUGGGAAGUAUACCAAGUUUUGACUACAAAACGACCGAGUGGUCAAUUUUCAAGUCAAGAUUGUCGCAAUUUUUAAAGAUAAAUAAGAUUGAAGAUGGCGACAAAGGCGGAGUUCUCCUUACACACGUAACGGACGAAACUUAUCGGUUGAUUCGGAACCUAUCUUACCCGCAAGAGGUCGAAUCACUAAGUUAUUCUGAACUCGUUUUAUUACUCGACGGGCAUUUCAAGCCGAAGGUAUGUACAUUUGCCGAUAAGGCGAAUUUUUACGAAGCGACAAGAAGUCCAGGCGAAUCAUUAGGAGACUGGGCGGCGCGACUAAGAGGUCUCGCAAGCUAUUGCGACUUCGGCGCCGCUCUGGAAACGGUAUUAAGAGAUCGUUUCGUCCUCGGUCUGGGCUCGGGGCCCGAACGCGACAGGCUGUUCGAACAGAGCCCGACCGCAUUGACGCUCACACGGGCUAUUGAACUGGCAGAGCAGGCUGCGUGCGCGAGGCAAGCGAAACUAAGGUGCAGCAGCGAAGCAAUGCUCACCAAAGAAGAGCCUAUAUAUCAACUAGGACAACAAGAUCACUGCAGACGGAGCGGUAACGGCCGUCGGGUCGGCGCUAGUACGUCGGGGUCAUCCGGCGCAGCACCGCGCCGUGAUCUGCGAUGGGAAACUUCAUGCUGUGCCGUGUGCGGGAUGAAAAGUCAUCAUAGCGAUAAGUGUCGGUACAGACGUUACACUUGUCAAAAAUGCGGGAAGAAGGGUCAUCUAAAGAAAGUUUGUGGUAAUGACAGAAACAGAGGGUUUUAUCAUGUCGACUCGGAUUAUGACGGGCAGGGAACGGAGAAUGAGGAGUGCCAGAGCUUCCAGAACUUUAAUAUGAGGUAUGUUACUGUUAGAUUGUUUGUAUAUGAAUAA